AUGGCCAAGACAGAUCCCUAUCUGGUGGCGAUCGACAUCGGUUCGGCAAAGGUCGGCGUGUUGAUCGGCCAUCGAGACGACCACGGCAAAAUGGAGGUUGUCGGAAAAGGCAUGGCGCCCAAUCGCGGCACUCGCAAAGGCAACAUCGUCAACGUCGAGCAGACGGUCGAGGCGUUGCGUCAGGCCAGUGAGGAAGCCGAGGUGAUGGCGGGCUACGAGAUCUCUCGGGCCUAUGUCGGCGUGGCCGGCAACGACGUGCGGUCGGUCAACUCCCGGGCCAUGGUGUCGGUAGCGCGGAAGGACCGCGAGAUCACCCGUCAGGACAUCCAGCGGGUAGUCGAAGCGGCCCAGUCCGAGGCCUCGCUGCCGACCGAUCGCGAGGUCCUGCACGCCAUCCCGCAGGAGUUCACCGUCGAUUCCCAGGGUGGUAUCAGUGAGCCCCUGGGCAUGCUCGGUAGUCGGCUCGAGGUCACCUUGCACUUGGUGACCGGCAACGUCACCCGCACCAAGACCUUGCAAACCUGUGUCAAUCGGGCCGGUGUCGAGGUGGUCGAGGUGGUGUUCGAGCCCCUGGCCACCGCCGAGGCGGUGCUGUCGGACGACGAAAAAGAGCUCGGCGUGCUGUUGAUCGACAUCGGCUGCGGCAGCUCGGAGUACGUGCUGCUCAACGAAGGCCAAGUCCAACACAGCGCGGUGCUGCCGAUUGGUGCCAGCCACUUCACCAACGAUCUGGCGAUGGUGCUGCGGACGCCCUUUGCCGAAGCCGAGCAGAUCAAGGUCCGCCACGGCUGCUGUAUGGAGAGCCUCAGCGAAGCGGGCGAAGGGGUCUCGGUGCCGGCAGUCGCCGGCGGUACCACUCGGGUGGUGCCCAAGAGCGAACUCUGCGAGAUCCUCGAGCCGCGGGCCGAUGAGCUGCUCGGCUUGAUUCGCGACGAUCUCGCCAAGCAGGGUUGCGAAGACAACCUGCGUGGCGGGGUGGUGCUCACCGGCGGUGGCGCCCAGCUCGACGGCAUGCUCGAACUGGCCCAGCAAACUUUCUCGGCCAGCGCUCGCUACGGUGCCCCUUUGGGUCUCGGUGGCUUGGUCGAUGUCAUCAGCGAGCCGACUUGGUGCACGGCCUCGGGCCUGUUGCGCUACGGCUUGGCGGUGGAGCGCGUCGAAGGACGCACACCCCGCCGCUCACCACUUUCCAUGCGCGGUUUGAUGGGCACGUUGCGCGGCGUGUUCUCGGAUUUGCUGUAA